AUGUCGAAAAAAAUAAAGUUAUACCUUCGAAAAGAACAGGAUCGUGAAACUGCAGUGCAGUGGUUGGAGAAAAGUGAUGAUGAUUACCUUUCUGAAAGAGAUGGUUUAUCGGAUGAUUUAGAAUUAGAUGACAAUUUAGAAGUAGCGGAAUAUGAGCCUGAAAUUUUGCAGAACGAGACUGAAAGUUCAGUAAAUUUUGUUCAUAGAUCCUUAGCCUUUGAAUUGGAUGAAGAAAAAACUUACACUGUUGUAACCAAUGGUACCAUGCAACGUAACAAGCGGAGUUAUAAGCAACUAGAAAUGUUGUCCGAACAAGAUUUGGAGGAUUUAUUGGCAGAAAUACCCUCAGAUAAGAAGUCAAUUGUCAGUUCGGGUUCCGAUAGUGACUACGAGGAUUUACCAGUGGUUCAUCGAGAAGUAAAUUUUAGAAGACAAAAAAAAAAUACAGCCAUCGAUAUCAAGAACAUUACUUUUGAUCUUCGAUCAUUUAGACCGAUCUGCGAUCUUUUAGACCUUAUUGAGUUAGCUGAUGAUAGUGCAAAAGAAUUUUAUCGUGGACUUGCCCAAUUCCCACGAAAUUCACAAGAUCUGGAUAAUAUUGCUGACACAGAUCCAGACAAAGAUAAUUAUUUCAGUGAUGACGAUUUUUAA